AUGUCGUUCGCUGCAUCUCCAUUUCUUUGCACCGAUAGACUUCGCUUCUCUGUCGAAGUGCAUACCCCCUCCUGGGCUUCGGUGUUGGCGGGGUCCAUGCACGGUGCACUCGGCCCACCGUUCCCGCUCGCUUCCUUCCCCGCACGCAGUAGCGCCACAAAGAUACCACGUCACCUUCAGGCUCUCGAUGGGUUCCUCUACGCAACUGAUCUAUAUCUUGCAGACUCCACCCCGAUGGCUCACAAGCCCCGCACUAUGUGCGGCCGUAUGAUCUCCAGUCUGGACUCCUCCAUGGAGAUCUCAGCGUCCGGCGAAGUCCCUUACUUCGUUCGGUAG